AUGUCAAUAUUGGAUUUUCUUAGGUUCGCCACGCGGAUAAAAGAUGAACUCGCGAAAUGUACGGGUAACGCACAUAAACGCCCAACGCUUAGGUCUAAUGUACCGGUCUAUAAUUAUUGCGUAGCCGGCGCGUAUACUUAUCGCCUUAGCGUCUUUUCGACGACGAAACGAGACACGGGAGAUGAUGUACUCCAUUCGUUUAUUAACGACAUCAUUGAGUUUGACCGAAAACAGUUAAUGUUACUCCGACCAACAUUAAUGGAAAAUCCACGUGCAACAAAUAAAUGCAUGACUGUGAAUAAAAUAUUGAUCGUGUUAUCAAUAUAUUGUAUCCUUUAUCACACUUAUAAGUGUUAUUCAAUGCCACCGAAAGAAUAUGAUUUUUCUACUCUAACAUUCAAUUGGUUUUUGGAUCCAAAUAUCUUAGACAUGGUAAUUGUUACUGGAGGAUGUUUUUAUAUCCAUAGCGUGGCAUCUAGGUUUUGUGCUUUAAACGAUGCCUGGAAACGUUUGCCACAUGGUUUGGAAGAAAUUCCGGGUGAAUGGACACAAUCCGAAAUAACAAUGUCGAUAGAGUGUUUACGAUUGUUGCAUGCUGAUCUUUGUGAAAUAAUAAAAGUGUUCAGUUUAGGUUACGGUAUGAUUCUGUUAGGGUACUUCACACUUAGUUUUAUAAGUUUAUUGAUAUUUACUUAUUUAUACUUUGCUGUCGGAUAUCCACUACUUAACACGUCAUUGAAAUCGAUCAUUGUUUGGUGUUUACCACUGCUAAUUAGAUAUUGCCAAUACAGCAUCUUUCACAUGAGUAUUGUCGUAUAUGCCUCAUUGACAAACGAAAAAAAAAGAAAAAUAAUAUCAUACUUACGAUCAUACCGAAUUUCAAAUUUACCAUUUCAUACAAAAUUACAAAUUAAAAUGUUUAUGAAUCAAAUGCCUGAAUUCGAAUCCAACGAAAUGUCAGCGUAUGGAAUUUUCAACAUAAAUUUACAUCUUGUAAUAACAAAUUUAAUAUUGUUGUUUUCUGGACUUCUUACACUAAUACAGAUGAAGGAUCACCCAACAAUAUCUAGUAUGUCAAAAUCUGUCAUAGCAUAUUUCAAAAAACAGUAUGAUAGUUCAAACAAUUAUACUAACUCUUAG